CCCGCCGCCUCUCCUGCCCCGAUCCCCGAUCCCUGCCCCCUCCGGAGCCCGCCCGCCCGCCCCGGGGCCGAGGGCACUGCUGCGAGCCCCGGGCCCUGCGGGGGCGCCGGGGAGGGACCCCGGGCCCGCGGGUGCCUGCCGCGCGCCCCCCGAGAGGGGCUGCCCCGCCGGGCCAGACACCUGUUCGCAGGCCCGGCGAGCCGCCCGCGGGGCCAGGAUGAAAGUGACCGUGUGCUUCGGCAGGACCGGCAUCGUGGUGCCCUGCAAGGAGGGCCAGCUGCGCGUGCGGGAGCUCACGCAGCAGGCGCUGCAGCGCUACCUGAAGACCCGGGAGAAGGAUCCUGGCUACUGGGUGAAGAUUCAUCACUUAGAAUACACAGACGGAGGAAUCCUGGAUCCAGAUGAUAUCUUGGCUGAUGUCGUGGAGGACAAAGAUAAGCUGAUUGCUGUGUUUGAUGAACAAGAACCCCUCCACAAGGUCGACAGCCCCGGAGGAAACCCAGCAGGCCGCCAGAGCCCGGAUGCCUUCGAGACCGAAGUGGCUACCCAACUGGCUGCCUUCAAACCAGUCGGCGGGGAAAUUGAAGUGACCCCCUCUGCUCUGAAACUAGGCACUCCACUGCUGGUGAGGAGAAGCAGUGACCCAGCGCCAGGCCCACCUGCUGAUGCCCAGCCAACUGCUUCACACCCCAGUGGCCAGAGUCUGAAACCUGCUAUUCCAGAUUCCACACAAAACUUAGAAGAUGGGGAAGUUGUGAGUGGUGUGCAGACAGACCUACUGACAUCGCCAAAAAUUAAGGAUGCACUGAGUGAUCUGACCAGAACAGUGGAGAUUUCAGCUGAAGGAGGCCCCCUGGGAAUACAUGUAGUGCCCUUCUUUUCUUCUCUGAGUGGAAGGAUUCUAGGACUCUUCAUCCGCGGCAUUGAAGAAAACAGCAGGUCCAAGCGGGAAGGACUGUUUCAGGAGAAUGAGUGCAUUGUAAAGAUCAACCAGGUGGACCUCGCAGACAAAACCUUUGCUCAGGCUCAAGACGUCUUCCGCCAGGCAAUGAAAGCUCCCUGUGUACUCCUCCACGUGCUUCCCCCUCAAAACCGUGAACAGUAUGAAAAAUCAGUCAUUGGACCUCUUAACAUUUUUGGUAACAACGAUGGUGUUUCAAGAACAAAGCCACCACCUCCUGUCCACACAAGAUUGGGAAUAAAGACCAUGAAUCUCACUGGAACAAGCAGCCCCGAAGAAGAUGGGUCGCCUUCCCUGCAGCAAAGCAAGAGCCCCCGAGUACCAAGAAUAGGGAGAAAGCCAUCCUCUCCCUCACUCUCCCCUCUCAUGGGGUUUGGCAGCAAGAAAAAUGCAAAGAAAAUUAAGAUUGACCUUAAGAAAGGCCCAGAAGGACUUGGUUUCACUGUGGUCACUAGAGACUCUUCCAUACAUGGUCCUGGUCCCAUUUUUGUGAAAAACAUUUUACCAAAGGGAGCAGCAAUAAAGGACGGCCGCCUGCAAUCCGGGGACAGAAUUUUGGAGGUAAAUGGCAGAGAUGUCACUGGCCGAACUCAGGAAGAGCUAGUGGCCAUGCUGAGGAGUACCAAGCAGGGAGAGACGGCGUCUCUGGUCAUCGCCCGUCAGGAAGGACCCUUUCUGCCCCGAGAGCUGAAAGGAGAACCUGACUGCCGGGCCCUCUCCCCAGAAACCACGGACCAGCUCACCUUCGAGAUCCCCCUGAAUGACUCUGGCUCCGCUGGCCUGGGAGUGAGCUUGAAAGGCAACAAAUCUCGAGAAACUGGAACAGACAUGGGGAUUUUUAUCAAAUCCGUCAUCCAUGGAGGUGCUGCUUUUAAGGAUGGUCGUCUGCGGAUGAAUGACCAGCUGAUUGCAGUUAAUGGAGAAUCUCUCUUGGGGAAAUCCAACCAUGAAGCUAUGGAAACACUUAGGCGAUCAAUGUCCAUGGAAGGAAAUAUACGAGGGAUGAUCCAGUUGGUGAUUCUGAGGAGGCCAGAGAGGCCGACGGAGGAGCUUGGAGAGUGUGGGGUGUUUUCAAAGCCGUGCUCUGAGAGCUGUCCCAGCGCCGUGGCCACCUGCAGGAGGAGCGAGGAUGGCACGUGGCAUCCGCUUAGCACGUACUGUCCACACCACAAGCAGAGAGAGCCAUUGCUUCCCAGUGAUGGAUGGGCUGAGAGCGAAGUACCUCCGUCUCCAUCACCACUUCCCGUUCUGGAAUUGGGCCUCGAAGAUUACAGCCACAGUUCUGGGAUGGAUCCAGCUGUGUAUUUUCCAGAUCAGCACAUCAACUUCAGAUCUGUGACACCAGCCAGGCAGCCUGAAUCCAUGAGUCUGAAAGCCUCAAAGAGCAUGGACCUUGUGCCAGAUGAAAGCAAAGUUCAUUCAUUGGCUGGACACAAAUUGGAACCUCCAGGCAAGGAUUUGGGCCCCACGCUGGGCCUGAAGAAGUCCAGCUCGCUGGAGAGCCUGCAGACGGCCGUGGCCGAGGUGCGCAAGAACGAGCUGCCCUUCCACCGGCCCCGGCCGCACAUGGUCCGCGGCCGCGGCUGCAACGAGAGCUUCCGCGCGGCCAUCGACAAGUCCUACGAGGGCCCCGAGGACCUGGACGCCGCAGACGGAUUGUCCGAUAGGAGCUCUCACUCCGGCCACGGAGCCCUCAACUGUGACUCGGCCCCUCCAGGGAGCUCUGAGCAGGAGGACCUGGAGAAUAAAGUCAGAAAAGCCAAAAAGACAAAAGAGAAGGAGAAGAAGAAGGAGAAGGGCAAAGUGAAAGGCAAGGAGAAGAAGCAGAAGGAGGAAAGCGAAGAUCCAGAAAGGAAGAUCAAGAGAAAGGGGCUUGGUGCCAUGCUGAGAUUUGGAAAGAAGAAAGAUGAGAAAGGUGGGAAGGCUGAACAGAAAGGUCCUCUGAAGCAUGGGGGACUGCGAGAAGAGGAGCUGGAGAAGAUGAAAGAGGAACGGGAAAGGAUUGGAGCAAAACAUCAGGAGCUACGGGAAAAGCAGGCAAGAGGUCUUGUUGAUUAUGCUACUGGUACUAUUGGAUCACUGCAUGAUAUGGACGAUGAUGAAAUGGAUCCCAAUUAUGCCAGAGUGAACCACUUCCGGGAACCAUGUGCCUCGGCAAAUAUCUAUAGGUCUCCGUCUCCCCCUCGGGCUGGACCACUGGUUUAUUCUCGCGAUGGCCGUCCACUCUCUCCAGAGAGAGAUCAUUUAGAGGGUCUCUAUGCCAAGGUCAACAAGCCAUACCAUCCACCAGUGCCAGUUGACAGCAGCUAUCCCAUGAGUGGAGGUGCUGAUCGCAUCCAGAAGUUGCGGAAGGAGUAUUAUCAGGCUCGAAGGGAAGGUUUCACAUUAUAUGAGGACGACGAAGGAAGAGCAAGGCCGUCUGAUUAUGACCUUCACUGGGUGUCUGGAAAGGGUCCAGAUGGGACUGCGCACAACCUCCGCUUCGAAGGGAUGGAGAGACAGUACGCAUCCUUGCCCAGGGGAGGACCGGCCGAUCCCACAGACUACCUGACAGCAGCACCCCGAGGGCUCUACAAGGAGAGGGAGCUCCCCUACUACCCAGGGCCUCAUCCCCUGCAUCCGCCCAAAGGGAGCUACGCCCGGCCCCCGGACCUGAGGGUGGCAGAUCUCCGGUAUCCACAGUACUACCCACCGCCCCCCGCUCCCCAGCACAAAGGACCCUUCCGACAAGAUGUCCCGCCCUCGCCCCCUCAGCACCACAGGGUGCCAGCCUAUCAGGAAAUGGGCAGGCCAGGGCCCCGAGGGGGCAGCCCAGACCAGUACCCCUACCGGACCCAGGACCCCCGGCAGAAGAACCCCAUGACUGCAGCCGUGUAGCCAACACUACCAAGCCCAGCACAGCCCAGAAAGGAAGACAGCUGACCUCGUGCUUCCUCCAGGCCUUUUAGGUUUUUUUGAUUGAGAAUGUCACACCUGACUGCUAAUUAGAGAGAAGAAGGAACAGGAGUUUUUGGAGGGGAAAAGUCAGGAGAAAGAGGAAGGAUGGGCCAUAAGAACAAUGCAGCCUGAUAUUUGAAGUGCUUUUAGAACGGUUAAUGCCCACGAGAGUGGCAUUUGAACAAGCAAAUCGCACAAGAGGUACCCUCCGUGCUGCCUCCCUGCGUGCCCAGCCCACAGGGUUGGCAGCGUGGAGCAGCCGCUGUCCUGGAUCGUCUCCAUUCAGAAGCUAAGCCUCAACCACUGUGUUAGGUCGGAAGAGUGGCUGCAAACAUGGGCAUCUUAAGCGAGUAGUUUUUCAAUGAGAAAGGAAACAGCGAGCUUGACUUGUGAUCUCCUUGGAACGUUCUCGACCCAGAGGAAGACUGCAUCUCUUCACUUGUAGAAUUUCUCAGGUUCCUGGUACCAUGCAUUUGGUAUAAGUGUUUCACGUUUCCUCACUUUUGUAUAAAAAUAAGAUGCGAAUGCAGUAUUAGUGUCCUGGGAGAAUGUGCAAAGCUAGUCAGAGCUUCCAGAAGGAAUCUAUUCCAAGAACCACGGUGGCCGGGUUGAGGGCUGACAUUGCCGUGGUCCUCACCUUCCUUCCUCCCAUGUCCCAGGCACAAUGGCAUGGGGACCCGUGGUCUCAGAGUCACCUGUGGUCUCCUGCCUGUGAUUAUUACAAUAGAACUGGGGCCUCUGCCUUAAGCCUCCCAUUGGAGGGCUAGAAUUUACUUGAGAAAAAGAGGGCCCAUGGACUAGGCCACAGGGGAAGCAAUGCCCUGGAGGUGCCAAUUCCAGACUCAGUGCCAAACAACGCCAUCUGGACCCCGGGGACAGGGAAGGCUGGCUGUGGCCUUCGGAGAUUGAGAACCAGCAGGUAGUGGAUGGUGGUGGCUGACCCAUGUGUGUGUAUGUGUGUGCGUGAGUGCAAGUGUGUGAUUAGCAGUAUGGAGAAUAGAAAAUAAAAAUGCUUUCUGGAAAAUGUGAUGAGGGAAUAAUAAAGGAAAAAAAGAAAAAGAAAACAGAAGGGAUGGGAAGGGAGAAGACACAUAAAACAAGGUCAAUCUGUAUUUGCUAGAUGUCAUUCACAACAGUCAGGACAAGACCAAGGCCAGGGUGGCCAAUUGGGAAAUGAAGUUCUAUGUUUUUGAAAAGCUGAACCCCACCUCCGAAACCCAUCCCAAUUGCUUUUGAGCUUUGCAGCUAUUUUUCCUUUAUCUCCCCAACAGAACAUCUAAAAGUUGCAACUUGACCCAAAUGAGAAAGCAAACAAAAGAUUGAGCAACGGUCAAACCUGGGAGCAGCGACAUACUUUAGGCAUUUUCACAUUCCUUCUUUAUUCCCUCCCCAAAACACAAAUGUCUUGAGUUCAAUUUAGAGGUAUUUUGGUUGAUAUAUUAGAAUAUCUCUGACUGAUAGGAUUUAAUAAAUUAUAGUAUUAUUGAAUAUAUAGAAUAUCCAUCUAGCCCAGUUUAGUCUUUUUUUUAACUUAAAAUAGAGUUAUGUGACCAAGAAUGAUGCAACUGCUGGUUUUAGACUUAAAUUGUGUUACUUACUGGACUUUAUGAGGUAUCAUUUUCUAAAGUACAAUUACUUAGGCCCUCUUGAGAAUAGACGUUAAAUGGGGUUUUUUGCCCUCUCUCAUUUCUCUUAAGCCAGUUUAGAUCCUUUGCAAUUUGUGCAAAGAGGGUGAGGCUCUCCAGCCCUGCUUACCAGGACUGCAGAUGAGCUGUAGGGCUUCCCUGCCCACAUGCUGAAUGCCGCUUUCCCCUCAAUCUGCAACAACUUUCAAGAAGAAAGUGAUAAGGGGUGGAUAAUGCAACUUGGUUUGAAGCAUUGAAAACCAGCUCUUCUGUAUGUCCCAUAGUUUAACCAAAUGCUGUGGACUACAGGACAUAGACCAGCCAGAAGGCUGCUUCUGGACUAAGACCAGGGCUCACAAGAGGUGGCCCAAGGGAAGUAGUGUGAGGAGUGGCCCUUGUAGGAAGAAAGCCCAUAUUUUCACCACGUUGCCACCUUGUGAGCACAAUACCCGCUGCAGGCAGGCUCAGGGUAAGUUGCUCCAAGCGUGGUUUUGUGUUGUAUACACAGUAAAACAGCUGCUAAUCCUGAGAGGCAGCAAGUGAUGUGAAGGUACUAUUAAGGUGGACCACAAAAUGAUUAUAGCAGUUUUCUCUUCUUGCCUGAAGCAUAACACAUGCCCCGUUGACCCUGACCGAAAGAACCCAACAUUAUGUGUACGACAGAGGCCCCGUCAAGCCAAGCAGCAAUUAAGAGCAGCUUGAAUGUAAGGUUUAUAAAAGCCUUUGUACCAACCCUCACCACCCAGAGGUUACAGAUCUCUCCAGUAUUUAAGAGAACAGGUUCUUAGAGUAUUUAGAAGACCAGGCUAUAAUCAGUAGGCAUCCAGUAGCAGAAAAUAGUUCCCAAUUUAUUUAGGGCCUUGGAAAAACUCAACCAGGUGUCUCCUUGUAGCUCACAACACUAAUACCAUCAAACACACACACACACACACACAGAGAGAGAGAGAGAGAGAGAGAGAGAGAGAGAGAGAGAGAGAGAGAGAGAGAGACCCCAGGAAUGAUGGCACAGGGAGCUGCAAAUCCAUUGACAUACACCCACCUGACUCAUGAUCUGACUGCUGGGUCAUUUAUUCCUUGAAAUGAUAUUUUUGGCUUCAAGUCACUAGAUAUUUGGAAGGGCUCUGUUUUUGUCCCUCUUUACUGGAGUAGAGCAAUGAAAGGGAGAAAACCACUGAAAAUAUUUUAGAUGCAAGAGAAUUUAGUCCUCUGCCAAGGAGAAAAACACAUCAUUACAUUAUCCUGUCGUGUCAUUGGCUGUGGUAGUAUCACUCUUGGUACAAUAAUUGCUCCCCCACUAUUUCAAAUCAGUGGAUGAAAGGCAAGCGCAAAGGAACAUUUACUUAAAUCACAAUUGAGUAAUGAACAAAGACUGGAAAAAAAAAAAUGACUGUGAAGCUCAUUAUUAUUAGACUUUUUUUGGUCUGUUUGCAUUAACACCCCACCCCACCCCAGUCCCCCACCCCCACCCCCAACAUAGGAUAUCAUGGAGCAAAGAUCCUAUAAUCGAGAGCAUGGUGAGAUCCACAGACCCACAGUCACAACUGCCUUGUAGAAGAGACUUCACUGUAGCUUUAUUUUUGCCACCAAAGUCAAUAAAAUUUAUUAAAUUUUAUUAAAUUUAAUUAAAACAUGGUUCAUUAUUUUUUCCAAAGAUUCAUGAACUUCUUGCAGUAAGCCUAUUUUUUUGAAGAAAGUCCACCUAGUAACUUUUGGAGUUGUCAUGCCUAGGGUUCAUAGGCGUAGAGAUCAAGCCCUUACGAGCAUUUAUCCUCUUAACCUGUAACCACCACGUGUAUUUUCUUCGGAGGAACAUCUUAGCAGUUCAGGGGGAUAAAGAGAUCUGGAGACUUUGGUGUGGAUAGGAAUGUGUGUCCUUAAAAUCCCUGUCAGCAUUAAACUCUAAAAUCCACAAGGAAUGGCCUUCAAAUUGAUGUUCAAUCAUGUGGACACCUACUGCUUUCUGAAUCCAUGUACAACAGAAAAUCCAGAUUUAGUACAAUUAGGCAGGAGGGAGUUAGGUUCAGAAACAGCAUACAGGACUAUUUUUCUGCACUCCCAGUUCACACUGACUUAGGUAGAAAUGAUGCCACGAUGAGACCACAAAGACGAUUCUCCAUAAGAUACCCCUACAAAGUCACCUUUCAGAUAAAAAG